AUGGAGAGAAAACAGAAAACCAAAAGGCAAUACCCCAGCGAUGAGAUUCACGUGGAUCGGGGGAAUGGAGACUUGCUUGCCCAGCACACCCUCGGCGAUGCCACCCCGGAGACAUACAACCUGUUUGGUGGGGACAUGCUCAGCGAGCUAACACGCGUCACUCGUGCACAUCUGGCACCUGGCCCACACCUAGAUGGCCCCAAUAUGAGAAUGGGCGAACGUGUGUUGCUAGAUAUCGAUGCCUUGUUAAGGUCGGACGAGGCAGGCGGCGAGAAUUCCGUCAAACUUCUGGAAUGGAGCCGACAUGCCAUUAUUUCAGCGUCAUCGCAUGCGGUGUAUGGCCACAAUCACCCAUUUCUUGAUCCCGAAAUCGAGGCAGCACUCUGGCUGUGGCAAGGGUAUAUCCCUUCACAUUUUGUGGGGCUCGAUAUUUUCAAAUCCGGGUACAAGCAGCGACAGAAAGUGUUCGACGCACUCAUCUCGUAUUACAAAGACUCCCGAAGGCGAUUAGGCGGCUCCGAGGUUGCCAAGGACCGGUGGCGUGUCCUGCGACAAGCCGGCCUGUCGGAGGUCGAGGCCGCGAAGCAGGAAGUCUCCCUCUGUAUUGGCAUGACCGGGAACACAGCGCCGACCUUCUACUGGGUGGUGUGGGAGCUGUUCUCACGGCCUGCUCUACUAGAAGAGGUCCGGAUGGAGCUACAAGAACAGGUCGUGCGUGUUGAUAGUGCUGACGAUGGUGCGUUUAUUCUAGACGUGGCACGCUUGAAAUCGAAAUGUCCGCUUCUGCUAUCGGUCAUCGAGGAGACCCAGCGCCACCAUCACAUCCAUGCAACCGUGCGAAAGGUCAUGAAGGAUACGAUCUUGGACAACAAAUAUCUGCUCAGGGAAGGCAACUAUCUCCAGAUCCCGGGCAACAUAGUCCACUUUCAGCCGCACCUCUGGGGCUCAUCCGCGCAGGAAUUCAAUCCCUAUCGUUUCUUGGCCCCUGCCAACAAUGAUAAGCCGCACGAAUAUGCACCGCACGCCCCGGGAAGUGCGAGUGCUUUUCUGGCCUGGGGAGCACCGCCGAAUCUGUGUCCAGCCCGUCAAUUCGCCGCUACGGAGGUCAUGAUCAUGGUUGCGUUGCUCGCGGUCCGGGCAGAAAUCCGGCCUAAAGUUGGAGGGUGGGAGAAAGAGCCUGAGUGGAACCACAGCGAGUUGCAUUCGGUUCUGAACCCGAAGCUUGAUGUCACAGUAUGUGUUACGAAGAGGCCAGAAUGGGGAGGAAGGUGGUAUUUGGAGAUGGGAGAAAGCAAGAGCCGAGUGUCCCUCACGUCUGGGUGA